GUUGGGCAGCGAAACUAGCACGACUUUCUGACAGGCUGACAGCGCUCUGUUGGUCGACAUUCCGUGUGCGUUCACUCUCAUCAUUCUGUGCAACACCUCGUUGUCUCAUCCCACGACCGCGCUGCAUAUCGAGUGCUCUCAAUUGACGGUCUAUUCGACCUGCGCCAUCGUCCUCUCCAUUCGCACUCUCCAACCUUGAAGCAGUCUCAGCUCCCUUGUUGGACCUUCUUGUUUCAUACAGCUUUCCCUAACCUUUGCUUCCCUCGUAUUCCAAGAUGGAUCGUAGCCUCGACGACAUCGUCUCCGGUAGACAGAACAACAACCGAAGCCGUAACCGCCGUGGAAACUUUCCUCGAGAUGGCGUAAAAAAGCCCUCUCAAAGAGACUAUCCAAGAAAUCUAGACCAAGAUUGGGUCCACGACAAGUACGAAGAUGAUGACUGUCAGUCGAAUAUGCGCGCACCCUUCCUAUGGCCGACUCUAACACAUCCAGCACGCGACAAUCACCGCUCCCGACCAGAACGACGACAGAACGACCGCGGAGAACUAUUCGAGAAUAGUUUCAAGCUCAAGGUCGAGAACCUUCACUACGAAAUAUCAGAAGAAGACUUGAAGGAACUUUUCAGCCGCAUCGGUCGUGUCCGCGAAGCCACACUGGUGUACGAUCGUCAAGACCGCAGUCGAGGACUUGGAUUCGUCACUUACACCAACGCCAACGAUGCGAUUGCCGCGAUGAACGAGUACAACGGUCAAAAGGCCUACGGACAGACAAUCUAUCUGACGAUGCUACCAAGCACGAGUGCAAGGCCUGCAGCAGCUCGCAAUGCUCCAUCUCGGAGCUUGUUCGAUCGCAUCGAGCGCCCUCUGGAAAGCAGAAUACGUCGCGAUGACAGAUCGGUCAGUCCUAUCCGACACAGCGACGUCAGUGGACCUGCGCCUGGAAACAUCGAUCGCUACGUGCCUGGAGGUGGCAGAAACGGAGGUGACCGACGUCGUUCGCCCCCACGUCGUGGAGUCGCAGACCGUGGUGGCCGCAGGCCUGGGGCGCGGAGAGAUGAUAGCAAUCGAAGGACGGACGGCGGUGCUGCUACCAGGCAAGGCCGACCGAGGAAGACACAGGAGCAGCUUGAUGCCGAGAUGGAAGAUUACUGGGGCUCAAAAGGCGAGACCGAGCCGGUCACCAAUGGUUCCGCUCCUGCCAAUGGUGGGGCUGCACCUGCCACCGACGACAUUGACAUGAUUGAGUAAACCUGGGACUGAGUCUGCGAAAUCUGACGACACUGUUGGCAAGCUGGGUAUGGUCUACAGAGCGCCGAAGAUUUGGUUGGUGUUUUGCGUAUUUUGCAAUGUAUGCUACGUCUAGGCGAAGGUAUGACGGUCCAUACCAGCGACUAAAAUU